ACACCUGUCAUCAGUGUCAUCGUGAAGUGAAUGAAGUCCUCAAUCCGAGCACAAAACAUAAAAUAUUAAUAUUGUAGUGAAAAUAAAAACUUAUUAUUUUGCAUUGCUAUUAUAAAAACUAGGUAAAUGGCUUUCGAUUUAUCGUAGUGAAUGAAAACUGUUAUUUUAUUUUAUGGGUUGUGGUAUGGCUGCAAAGAUGCCGGAGCUAAAUUAUUCGUGUGAAAUUUGUGGCGACGAUGGACUGACUGACGAAGAAAUGAGGCUACACAUACUGCUGUGUCACCUGAAAGGUGCCACAUCUUGUCCUUUCUGUGAUUUAGAAAAUAUAUCUCCCGAAGAGAUGCUGGCUCACGUGAACACAGCUCAUUUAGAUUACCUGACGCCCGAACAGGAGAUGUUAGCUUUUAUCGAUGACGAGGAGGUGACGAGUAGACAGGACAGUACGUCGGCGUGGUCGUCGUUACCCCGUAAACCGUAUGUGAAUGGAGUUAGGAAUAGUAAUGACAAUUUGAACAAUAACAACAACGAGUGUUGUGAAGUGAAGGCGGGGUGCAGCGAGGGGGCCGCCGGGUGGGGUUCGCCGCAACGGUCGCAGCUGGCCCUGAACCUUCGCAGCAGUGCCUCGGGGUCCUCGUCGAAGCCAACCCUGCAGAAGUGCCCCAUGUGUCCCUACGCCGACGAGAGCGCCGCUCUCCUGGAGGAGCACAUCAACCGACAACACUUUGAUCUCACCAGUCCCUCGUUUCUGGCCGACUCACCCUCCACUGCGUUUGCGGCAGUCUACAGCUGUCCGCUCUGUGCACAAACCUUCCAGAACAGUCCUGACCUCGAACUCCACGUCAACAUCGAGCACAAGGACAUUCUAAGCCCUGCAAAGGGUUGCCAAGAAGCUGUAAUGCGCGUUGAUAAGCCAAGCAACGAAAGCUGCCCUAUUUGUUGUAUGUCUAAUUUUAAAUCAACUGAUGAACUAGCCAUUCACAUAGAAGACCAUUUCAAUCAGAAAGGAAUCUCACCAAUUACACCUGACGUUUCUACCGAUCGGCUAUUAGCGAAAGAAAUGGAAAAGCGUGAUAAAGAAGCUAGAAGAUUGCAAGAGCAGCACGAAUUUGAACAGCUACGGGCGCAAUAUGGCAUGGAUAACGAAGGCAACUUCCGCGAGCAGAGCCUGACGAAUAUGCAGCGGGCCGUCUACUCGGGUGAGCUGUCGGUGGCCGACUACUACGAGCGACAGAGUGAGCUCAGGAUGGCCGAGAGCAGCGGCGUCGAUGAUGGCAGCUCCUGCACCAAAGAUAUAGUGCCUCUAGUGAUGGCGGUUAGCAAUAGUUGCUCAAACGUGGCCCAAACAUUCAUGUGUUCUACUGUCGACCAUUAUGCCUCCACGUACGGUGAUAGAGGCUGGGGAUGCGGCUAUCGGAACAUACAGAUGAUGCUGUCGUCACUGCUGCAGCACACGGGCUACAACGAGCAGCUGUACCGACAGUGGUCGGUGGUGGGGGGAGGUGGACUGCCGUCGCGCAGCGCGAUGCCGUCCAUCUCACGGCUGCAGCAGCACAUAGAGUGGGCGUGGCGACAGGGCUUCGACCUGCAGGGCUGCGACCAGCUGGGCGGCCAGCUCUACAACACACGCAAGUGGAUCGGCGCCACCGAACUCGUCACUGUGCUCUCCUCGCUCAGGAUAAGGUGUCAACUAGUUGACUUCCACCGGCCCACAAGUCCUAACGGCAGUCACCCGGAACUCUUCAAUUGGGUGCUCGAAUACUUUCAGGCAAACGAUGAUUUCAAGCCUCCUCUUUAUCUACAACACCAGGGCCACAGCCGGACGAUAGUGGGCUGCGAGCAGCUGAAGGAGGGAGGCGGUGGCCCCUUGCUGCUGGUGCUGGACCCAAGCCACUCGCCUCACCAGAUGCUGGAGCUGCGAAACACGGCUACCGCCCUCGCUGCCAUGCGCCUCAUCCGCAAGUCGCUGCACGCCAUGAAGGCGCGUCACUACCAGGUGGUCGCCGUUGCCGGCAUCAUGGACACCGAGGCCGAGUACCAGCAAAGCAAAGUGCUGAGAUCAGUGAGAAUACCUCAGGAACGAUGAUUGAACAUGAAUUGGGCAUUGUUGAGCCAUUUUUGUAAUCAUCAAGUCGAUACGACUCAUCAAUCACUCAUCAUUAGCAGGUUGUUAUCGUAAGGGAAACUCGAGUAGUGUUUUUGUGUUGGCUUCACUCAUCACACGUGAGUAUAAAUAAUAAUGUAAAACUCAUCGAAAAAUGAGUCAGACUCUGCUCAGGGAAGUGCAACUCAACAUUUGAACAUUUUAUCACUUUGAUUGUUCUUUGUCUUUUUGGACGCUUAUCAAGAAUCAUGCAGAUUUCAUGACUCAAAUUCCAGUGAAAUCUUAUUUAGAACUUAACACAAUCAAGUCAUCGAGUUAGUAGCAAUAAUUUCUUAUGUGAAAUCAAGAAGUCUUUCCAACUGCUUUUUUCAAAUUGUAUGCUCCAAGCACUUGAAAAUUGUUGAUAGUAGCUUAUAAUUCAUAAAAAAUUGAGCUUAGUUGUGAUACAGUUCUUAAUAUUGAACAUUAAUUCUAUGUCACUAGUUUGAAUAGUUAGAUGAGGUUCUAACAGUAUUAAUAUAUCCUGGGAUACAUUAGCUGCUAUUUCUGUUGAAACUAGUGAAUAGGUUAUGCAAUUUCAAGUAACAUCAUUCUUUCUGCAGUAUUUUUAGCUUAUCCUAUUUACACCAUUGCCUUCAAAAUAGAUGCAAUUCUAUUAUAUAUUGAAAAAAUUAAAUAGUAUUAUAUUUAUUAGUAUAUUUAUUGUUGUGAUUAUAAUAUAUUGAGAAUGAUACUUUCAAACGUGCACGUUUGCAGUUGCUGAAUGUAAUUCAACACUAUUUUUUAUGCUUAUUGUUAUUGAGAAUUGGGGUUCAAAAAUUGUCAUAUUUAAAGUAUUGUAUGAUUUUUGGCUCUUGAUCACUGAAGAUACGAGGACCUUUAUAGAUCAGUUUGUCAUUAUUUGUUAGCAAUAAUGUUUCAGAUAGUAAUGUAAGCCAAGCACAUAUCUGAUAUAUUUUAGCAAAACACGGUCACACGCUUUGAAUCUAUUCAACUUUCAUUAAAUUGUUCAUUCACCUCAUCGUUUGGGCAUUCAUGCUUAGAUUCGUGAGAAUUGAUGCCUGUUACAUUAUAUUUGAAUAGUUUAUGCUGUUUCAAUUUCCUCCACUUCAUCGCUGAAAGAUGGUCGGUAUCGGGUUCGAUUCCCGAUGUUGCCUGGCAUUCAUGAAUCACAGUUCACCUCAUCACCAUCACUCCAUUUCAUUUCGGAAUCGAAGUUCAAACAUGAAUAAUGUGUCUUUAAAUUUGAAUAGUUUUCUUUUGAAGUGUGUACCUUUCCAAUGCGUUUUACCGACCUAUGAUAGUAACUUCCAAUAUGACGAUCUCUUAUGCUACUGAUUUUGUACCUGAAAAAAAUUUAUAGGAGUUACAGUAACACAUUAUUUUUAUGGUAUUUUGUUUAUUACUCACAAGAAAGAUAUUUUGAAGAUCAUAUCACAGUCAACCAUUUUAAUUACCAUAAUCCAUAAUUUUUAUUGAGAGUCUUGAGUUGUGGAGACUUGACUCCGGUCCUUACUUUAUAAUAUAUUGAAAUAACUCUAAGAAAUCGCUGUAAUUUAUAACCGUCAUGACAUUUUCCGCUUCACAUAUUUCUUUAUGAAUUCGAUGUUUGGCAUGUCCACUGAUCUUUUGAAUGAUCGCCCAGGUCCAGGAGGCCCCAAAUCUAAUAAAUUAUAUUAGUAGAAAGAUGCUUUUUCAGUUCAACCAUUAACGAGAAAGAUGUUCUUCAUGAGACACUCUCCAAGAUAGACAAUGAGGUGAAACAGUAUCCGGCCAGAAAACAUAUGUUCCUAUCUACCACAAACCAUUUUAAUUGUAGUUCCAGUUUCAAUUUGUCUUGCUUAGCAUAGUGCUUAAUUUAUUAUAAUAAGAUAUCAUUGUUGUUGUUGUUGAGUAUAAUUUAAUGUAUUUAUAGUGGAAUUCUUAAAUGUAAGGAUCUCAGUAUUUCUGUUUUUUAGAAAAUAUGAAAUUUCAAAUUCAAAAACAAAAAUCUAUUCUUGAUGCUUUUUGAACAUAUAGCUGAGUAGUAAGUAAUCUGCUAUUAGAAAUGUGCCAUAUUGUUUUUAUUCAAGUUUGUCAAUUUCGUACUAUAAAUUACUAAUUUGCUGUUAUUCUCAUUGUUUUUGUGCAAGAUAUUUAGAUUACUAAAUAGUUUUGAGUGAGAAACUGAUGUGAAAGAUUUAAAAAGCGGAAAGCGAGUUAUUCUCGCCAAGUUUUCAUGUGGAUUUGAAACCUUCAAAUCUCACUUGACGUCUUUGUUUGUACAUUUGAAUAGUCAUCUAUUAAUGUUUCAAAUACUGAAUAUUUUAUGCACUUUAUGAAAGAGGAUUGAUUUCUACAGGUUGUAUGAAUUCAAAUUGAGUUAAAUUGCAUGUCAUAGACAUUUCCUGUAAAACACUUUACUAUAGUGUUCUAUUCGCGGAUCUUACAAGCCUCCAUCACUAGUUUGUUAGUUAUAAGAUCGAUUAUUCUGUACUUAAAAAAUAUCAAAUAAGUUUCUUAUCAUCAUCUGAAAAUAAAUGUAAGAUAAUUGUGAUAAUGAACACCGUCAGCCUGAUCUUGAAUCACGAAUUUGGGUUUGGGAGAACAUGAAAAUAAUAACUUUGAAUGAAUUGAUAAUACCAAUGACAAUCUAGUCUGGUUAAGGUAUAUGCAAUUUAGUGUUAGGACCGUUUAUAAUAGAAAUUAUCCAAUGAGCGUUGUAUUUUAAGUUGAUUUAUGUAUUUUAAAAUGUGUUUGUUGUUUUCUUAGUGCAACGGGUUUGUUUGGAUAUUAUGAUAUGAUCUGAUUGGGUGGUGCUAUUAUGAUAUUGAGAAAUGUUCUUCAUUAUUUUGUUGCUGUAAAUACAUAUAUAUAAUCUUAUAUAUGCGAUGUUAUAUGUGAACUGGACCAAACGACAAGAUCUCAUUACGAUGGAACCACACUCAGUUCAUAAAAAUGAAUAAUGAGAUUUAUUAUUCAAUAUUUAUAUUUUCUCUUGAACUAGUAAUGAAUCUAUAUAAAGAGGUAUUCAAAUUUCACUUUUAUAUUGUUAAUCUCAUGAAGAAGAUGUAGUCCCUACCAUAAUUCUACUUAUUUGCCAUUUUUGUUCUCAAUUUAUAAAUCCUUGUAAUUUGUAGGAUCUACUUCUCUCAACCGAUCAUUCAC